CGCAGCAGGUGUGCGUGUGUUUGCAGUGUAGAAAGAUCAAGGACAUGUGGAUUUAGUACCGCGAUUUACAGGAUUAUUGAAGGCAAAUAAGUCAAAACAAAUAAUCAAGGUGUUCGAUCCGUUUCUUGGCGAUCUAACAUGGAUCUGCUUCCAGCCCAGGAGGCGGCAAAAAUCUACCACACCAACUAUGUGAGAAACUCCCGAGCCAUCGGCGUCAUGUGGGCAGUGUUCACCAUCUUCUUCGCAGUCAUCACCGUAGUGGUCUUCAUCCAGCCUUUCUGGAUCGGGGACAGCGUCAACACCCCGCAGGCCGGAUACUUCGGCCUCUUCCACUACUGCAUCGGCAACGCGCUGACCUCUGAGCUGACCUGUAAGGGCAGCGUCCUGGACUUCAGCUCCAUCCCCUCACCUGCCUUCAGGACCGCCAUGUUCUUCGUCGGCUCGUCCAUGCUGCUGAUUGUUGGUACCAUGGUCUGUUUCAGCCUGUUCUUCUUCUGCAACGCUGGGAACGUCUACAAGAUCUGUGCGUGGAUGCAACUGGCCUCAGCUGUGUUGAUGGUGAUGGGCUGCAUGAUCUACCCGGACGGCUGGGACGCUGAGGAGGUGAAGAGGAUGUGUGGCCAGAGGACGGAUAAGUACAGUUUGGGAAACUGCACUGUGCGCUGGGCCUACAUCCUGGCCAUCAUCAGCAUCUUGGACGCCGUCCUCCUGGCGUUGCUGUCCUUCACUCUUGGCAACCGACAGGACAAACUGCUGCCGGACAACUUUGAGGUGGAGGGAGCAGAAAAAACAUGAGGGACAUCAAGACCUUCAGUACCAGUGUGAUGCAGCAGCAUUCAAAGGUCAAGGCAAGCAUUUUUGAGGAAAGGCUUUUAAAUCGAACUACAGGUACCGCUGUUCCUGCUUCAGGCUGAAGUUUUUUUCUUCCUCCUUUUUGAAAUGUGAUAACAUCGUUUGUAUAUACUUUUUAUUCAUUGUCAUACCACUUGUGGCCUCAUUCACCAGGCAAUUCAAUCCUAUGCCAGUGUUUUAGUUAAACUCAUAAUAUACCAUUUCAAAAACUCUAAUAAACUCUGAAAGAAGCACAACAGUUAUUUCUGUACUGUAUGAACUUGAUUUAUUGUAUGGUGUGAACCGACAGCUCGCACAAAGGUUUAUGUUCUUGAAUCAGACGCAGAUAUUAAUUUUGUUUUUACCCAGACCUCAACAGGUACACUGGUAACUGUGGUAUGAUUGAUUUUGAGACAACCUUACGUUACAUCAGAUUUCACGGUUUCUAUGGUUAAAAAAAAAAAGG